AUGUCGCGUCCAGGGCGCGGAAGGAGUGGUCGCCUGACCUCAUCAAGGCCUUUGUGGAGGUCUGCCGCUGCGGUCCUCCUUUGGCUGCAUCGGUCGCCCGAGCUAUCGUGCGUGUUGCCAAAUGCUGGAGAGGUCGAUGGGCGACGCAUGGAAGUGAAGUUGCAGCUGUGCAAGCGUAUGGACCAGGCCAUCCGUGCGCGCGACGAACUAAGCGCCACCAUAUGCUUAGAUGAAGCCUUGCGGCUUUGGAUCGACUUGGAAGCUGCCACCUUCUCGCCCUUGAUCGACCUGGCAGCGCAGGAGGGCGAUCUCCAGCGUGCAGAGCAGUGGUUUGAGAAUGCGCAGCUCUUCUCCGUGAAGCUGGACGACGUGGAGUUCAACAGUCUAGUGACCGCAGCGGCCAAUCAAGGCAACCUCUCUGCGGCAGAAGCCUGGUAUGACAAGGCAGUCGCCGCCGGGAUCCAGCCUGAUGCGGUGACUCUGACGGCGUUGAUGCGGGCGGCGGCGGCCGUCAAGGACCGUUCACGUGCCAAGGAGUGGUAUCGUGCCGCCCCUUCCCUUCGAGUCGCUCCGAACGAGGUCAUGCACUCCUGCCUCCUCCAUGCGCUGCGGGAGAAUGCCACGGAGGUCGAGGAGUGCUUCGCAGCUGGGCGUCUACAGCCCAAUGCUGUAAUGUACAACACGAUCAUUGAUGCUAUGGCACGAGCAGGUGAAAUGAAGUCGGCCGAAGAAUACUUCCAGCGUCUUUGCGGCGAGUUCCGCCCCGAUGCAGCCACCUUUGGGGCCCUGAUCAACGGGGCCGCAGAGCAGGGAGAUGUGGACGGAGCCAAGGAGUGGAUGAAGAAGAUGGAGAACUUUGGGAUUCGCCGCAAUAUGGUCAGCUGGAACGCUUUGUUCAAAGCCUUUCGACACCGGCCGGGCUCCGAAGCUGAGGAGCUUUUCGAAGAGAUGGUGCAGCAACGCCACGCACCCGACGCAGUGACGUUGAUCUCGCUCAUCGGCUUUCUUGGGAAGCCACGCGUGCGAGGGCUGUGUUCAGAGCUCAAGGUGGACUACGAUCGCAUCAUUCGUGAACCAGUGGUGAAUCGCGCGGUCAAACGUGCAGAUCCCCACUUCCAGCUGUCGGAACAAUACCGCCGCAUGAGCCGCUUCUCCCUGCGCGCCCAACGCGCGCUGGGUGCGACUGGUACAGAUCAAGCUGAGACAUGCAGAUGA